AUGGUCAACCGGGAUUCGCCAAAACAGCUCCGCGAGAGCCCCGAUAGCACAUCCACUUCGCUUGUGUCUACGGCUCAGACUGCCACCGAGCAGACGUAUACCCCGCCAACGACGUUGGAUCCGCGCUUUUUCCAGCCGUUUGGUAACGGCAAGUUUGAUUACCUUGAAGAGCCAGGCUACUACCUCGAUGAAGCCUUGUUGCAGACGAAGUCUGAAGACGUGCAAGUGGUUCGAGAAGUGGUGGCUCAUGCGUCACUGGCACCGCCAAUGCGUUCCCGCUACUGGAGAUUGCCAUUUUGCAAACUGAACUGGCGGUUUCUUGUGGCCGUGUUGGUGGUGACUACGGUUUUCGCUGCCGCGUGCGCGUAUGCUAUAACGGCAAGCAUCAUGCUCAACAACCCCAUGCGCAACGGACACCGGUUGGAAAAAUUGACCAACAGAACAUAUACUCAGCUCAAGGCCAUUCGUACCAAUCUAGUCGAUCCCGAUAGCCCUGUGCUGCCUGCAAAAUCAAGCUGGACGUUGGUGUUUUCCGACGAAUUCAACGUCGAGAACCGCACUUUUGCCGAGUACGAAGACCAAUUCUUCACGGCGGUGGACUUGUACUACCAAGCCACGCAGGACUUGGAGUAUUACCUGCCGCUGAUGGUCACCACCAGAGACGGCUGUUUGGAAAUCACGUUUGACAAACACAAGGUGGGGCAGCAGCUGUACGUUUCCGGUAUGGUUCAGUCGUGGAACAAGUUGUGUUUCAACAAGCAGGCGCGGGUGGAGAUCCUGGUGCAGAUGCCGCGCCUGGUGGAGAACGGGCUAUGGCCCGCGGUGUGGUCGUUGGGCAACUUGGCGCGGCCAGGCUACCUCGCGUCAUCCGACGGCGUGUGGCCCUAUACGUAUGACGAGUGCGACGUGGGGAUCUUGCCGAACCAAAGCACCGCCAAUCUGGGGAUGUCCUAUUUGCCGGGACAAAGGUUGAGUUCAUGCACGUGUUUCGGAGAAGACCACCCUAGCUUGGGUGUGGGUCGCGGUGCGCCCGAGAUUGACAUUGUGGAGGGGUUGUACCAUGGCAACAAGUACUGGGGGGUCCAGACUGUGCAAGUUGCGCCCUUUGACGAGUGGUGGAGACCGGAUUACCGGUUCGUGGACAUUGCCAAUGUCAACAACACAAUGGUUAGACAAGACGUUGGCACGGUGUACCAGGAGUCGAUCUCGCUCGAGACCCCGGUUGAGAUUGACGGGUUUAUCCGGUUCGCCAUGGAGUACGACACCAAAGGCGGAGGGUAUGUGCGGUUCGCUAUCAACGACGUGGAGACGUUUACAUUAAAGGGCGAAGCGUUACAUGGAAACCAGUGGAUUGGCCACAGGCAAAUCUCGCGCGAGCCCAUGUCGCUUAUCUUCAACAUGGGCUUGUCGAGGGUGUGGAACCCCGCGUUGAGUCUCCGCAGGUUGGACUUGCCGGCAAAGUUCUUGGUGGAUUAUGUGCGAGUGUACCAGCCGCGAGACCAGGUGAGCUUGACUUGUGAUCCGGAGGACUAUCCUACGCUGCAGUAUAUCAGGGACCACAUGCGCGCGUAUGUGGAUCUGAGUCUACACGAUUGGAAAGGGGCCGGGUUUGCGUUUCCCAGAAACUCUAUUGCUGAUAGUUGCCCGUGUCCUGGUAGGGUGUUUUCCAGAAACUGGGAGUAA